ACCACUGAAACGAUUUUGGAAACAUUAUUUUAAGGCACAAAAAACUCUUUGGUGUUGCUUUAGAGUAGGAACAACUUAAUGGAUUCAAAAUUGCUUCAGACAAGUAUAUUUGACGUUUCAUCCUGUACGCUAGAGGGCGGUAGGCUUAUGUGCUCGACUAAAUCUUACGUCAGUCGGUCAAGGCGUACGUUUACAGGAACAUCCGAGCAGAGGGGCAUUAAACACCAAAACAAACCACUAGAGAUGCCUGUCUUCUAUUCUAACGAUAUAUCUCGUUACUCGUGAAUCUGGGCUACAGUUAAUAUUGGCGGUUAUAUUUUUAAGAAGAAAAGCUGCGAGUAUUGAGGUGUAAAUUAUGAAAGAAGAGUUUUUUUUCUCCAUCACACGAGAGGUUUACGAGACUCUUAGGUUAUUGGACCUUGCCGUUCUUCUUUUCUCAAACUAGAAACUAUUGGACUAUUUUAAAUUCAGAGGCAUCAAAGCACUUAGCAAAAACAGGAGGACGACAUAGUGAAGAGUUCUAUCCCAUCAGAACACACCGGCAGCGCUCGGCUACGUAGGAGAGUGCUUGCGCUUGACCGAUGGAGAGAAGGCAUCAAGAUGGACAAGAUUGACCUGCACAUGGACAUAAGUUACAAGAGAGCCUGCAUAGACCUGAAGAAGGCCACCCAGUGCAUCACUCAAGCGUUACAGCAUGAAGUAGGUCGGAAUCAGGAGCUCUGCAUGUUGAUUCGUCGUCUGGAAGAGAAGGAGGCGGAGACUGGGCGGAGCCUGACAGAGCAGGUGGAGUCAAAUAUGCAGCUAAAGCUGAAGAUCGAUGAACUGCAGAAACACCUGGAGGAGAAGAACAACUCACUGACACAGGCCAACCAGAUAGUGUCUUUCCUCAAACUUGAACUGAGGGAGCUGCAGCAACAGUUCCAGACUCAACAGAGUAAAGAUCGUAAUCGGGAUCGGGUUCAGGAAGUGGAUGAACGACUGCAGAGUGGGGAAAACCAGCUGAAAUUUGAGAGUCACCUGGAGGCCCCAGCGUCGGAGGUUAAAGAUGAAGAUGCUGCUGAUGAUGAUGAUGAUGAUGGUGGUGGAUAUGAAGACUACAGACAGUCUGAGAGAGCUGACCCCAGAACAGAACAGACCAUCUCUUCAGCUGCAGACAUCAAAAUUGAACUCAUCCAGGAAGACGAGACGAAAACAGACAUGUCUCCAGUCCUCAGUUCAGAGAUGGACUGGUUCUCUACAGACCACGAGCCUCUGGACCCGUCCCCUACAGACCCAAUGUCUCUGGUCCGUGGUUCCGAAAUGGACCCGUCUCCUACAGAUCCAAUGUCUCUGGUCUCCUUGUUGCUGGUGGACCGCUUUGGGACACGGACACAUCUAGGGACUGAUGGAGCAAACAAGGGAGGUGGAGCGCAGCCUGGCACCAGGGCCACCUCCUCUUCCUCCAACCACGGCUACGAGGCGGGGAACGAACCCAGCCGCUCUGUCGUUGGCCGAAGCUUUGUAUCUACAAGCCGACUGACUGUCCACGAGCGCCUUCUACCAGGAGAGACUGUUGCCCGGCCGUUCUCCCGCUCCCAGUUUGCCCCCAGGAGCUUCAGGCCGAAACUUGGUCUGACGGCCCCCCACCACCAGCGCUUUCACACAGGAGAGAGACCAUACCCCUGCUCCUACUGUGGCAGGGGGUUUCUGUCUGCGAGUAAGCUGACUGUACACAAGCGCAUCCACACAGGGGAGAGACCGUACGUCUGCUCCUUGUGUGGAAAGAGCUUCAACCAGAAGUUCAAUCUGACUGUCCAUCAGCGAGUUCACACAGGAGAGAGACCAUACUCCUGCUCCCAGUGUGGCAAGAGCUUCAGCAGGAAGCCCGAUCUGAAAGUCCAUGAGCGUGUUCACUCAGGAGAAAGACCGUACUCUUGUCACAGGUGUGGGAGGAGCUUCACCAAGGCAACCAAUUUGAAAGUCCAUCUUCAGAAACAUGUGUGAGGGACGAUGCGCUCCAUUGCGUUGUUUCUGUUUAAUUUACAUCUGAUUGGUGUUGUUAUUGUUAUUUACACUGAUUUAUGUUGUUGUUGUUGUUGUUUUAUUUACAUCUGAUUUAUGACGUACGUACGCACCUUGAUCACCAGAAUGUUCCGACAUAAAAUAAAGUUCACCUUGACAUGAUCAACAGUUUUAAGAACCUUUCUACAGUCUACAAUAGGGAUGUAACGGUUACCAGUGUAACGGUAAACCACAAUAAAAUUCUCGAUGAUAACAA